AUGGCGACCUCCCGCUUCUGCGCGCUGCCCGGCGCGCUCCUCGCACUGGUCCUCCUCUCCGCCGCGUCCCUCCCGUCCCCUGCUUCCGCCUUCCGCGGUCGAAUUCUCACGACCCCCGCGCCUGCGCCCGCGCCCGCGCCAGAGGAAGACUCGUCCGGCAUCGUUGCAAUGGAGACCAUCCCGUCCCCGUGGCCCGCAACCAACGCGUCUAUGGACGCCGCCGCGAUCGCCGCGACCAUCGACCCGAACGUCAACGACACGUACCCCGCGGUUCUCGAUCCGAUCACCCAGCCGGCGCCUCCACCGUAUGUGGCGCUGAAUCAGUUCAUGGAUCCCGCGGAUAUCGGCGCGGCGCUGGAUCAGAUCGAUGCGCGCGCCGUCGCGUACUCGUCUACCCUGGAGGAUACGAGUCUGCCGACAGAUGCGCCGGAGGAAGUGGCGAACUGGACCAACACGCUCGCCACUGAUCCCGGAUACGCCUCCUACCCGUACAAGAAGCCCCGGUACCACCCGGUGUACGGGCUUGCUGUGAAGAAGCCCAACGGCAAGUGGUACACGUACGUCAACAACAACCUGCAGUGGCCGGGCGUCGAUGACUGGGCCACUGGCUUCAAGACGUGCCGUUUCACCCAGCCUGACCCUUACUUGGGCUUUAACUGCACUGAGGAUGCCACCUGCCCCGGGUGCCCCUACUGCCGCGCGCAGCAGUGCUUCUUCAACCGCCACUGGCCCACCUACCGCAACCCCCAGGCUGAUGGCACUAUCCCCGGGCAGAUGUACUGGCAGCGCAUUAUUGAUGCUGCCAUUAACCCUAAGAGCAUGUGGCGGGGGCGAAAGGCGCCUGCGGAAAGGCGCGUGGAGGAGGCGGAAGAAUCGGCGGAAAGCAGCGAGGGCGAGACGGAGGCGAGUCGCGAUGCGGAGAGUGACGCGGACGACAGCGGAAGCGACGGCGGAAGUGACGACGGGAGUAACGGGAACGAAAUAGUAGACGGGGAUAAAGGGAAUAAACAGCGCGCGAGAGUGGUCCGAGACGAGGAACCGUCCAAUGGGAAGCGCGGGCCAGACGCCAGUGAUACAGCGACAUUAACGACACGUGGCAAGAAUUCUAUCCCCAGCGCGGUGCGGCUGCCUUGGUUGACGUGGCUUGCUCUGACUGGCUCGUAUCUGGUCGCGGUGAUUCUCGCAUUUAGUGUUCUCCGCGCAACCCUCCCCGCGCAUGAGGACCCCCUCACCCCGUGCAAAUUUCCGUCUUCCGCCAAUGCGGAAGAUUUUGAGACGACUUCCGUCGAUGCCUCCGCUGUUUCCGGCGCUGCUGGCGGGAGCCAACCGGCGAACGCGACGCGAUGGACUAAUGCCACGUGUCCUGUCCCGUGGCACCCAGCCGUGGACGUGCUGACGUGGCGGUGGUCCCCGCUAGCGGCGGCGGCGGCCGUGCUAGGGUUCAUGAUUUGCGCGCUGCGCGCAUUGGGAAGCGGAUUGGCGGAACUCGGCGCGCUGGAGGAGCGCCUCCGCGCAUUAGAAGGGGGAGGGGGCGGGCGCGGGGGAAGGCUGGGGGAAGGCGGGGCGGAGGGGGAAGAAGGCGGAAGCGGACGGGGGAGGGGUGCGGGGGGGAUUGGAGGGAUGUCAGGUUCGGAAGGAGGUUCGGAGGGAGGUUCGGACGGAAGGGCGGUGGUGACAGCUGGCAGCAAGCUGGCGGUAUCGGUGGGGCGGAGCUCUCUGUUGGGGAUUCUGGUGCAUGAGAUAAGAGCGCCGCUUAGAGGCGUACUGGGUCUGCUGCAGCUGCUGCUCUCCUCCUCCCUCGACGAAUCGCAGCGCGACAUGCUGGCAGCCGUGCAGGCCACGUCGCGCCACAUCAUCCACGUCGCCAACAACGUCGUCGACAGCUGGCGCAUCGAGAACCGUCGGAUCGCCGCCGCCUCGUCCGCCGCCGCAUCGUCCGCCGCCGCUGCAAUCUUCCGUGGGGAACGAGGGGGAGGGGGAGGGGGAGGAGAGGGAGGAGGAGGCGGGGGGGGAGGAGGGGGGACAGGCAGGGGAGGCGCGUGGGGAGGCAGGGCCGGGGCGGUGGAGAGGGGGAGCGUGGUGCGGUUGGGGUUAGAGAGUGCGGUGUUUGACCUGCGGUGUGUGGUGGAUGAAGUGGUGCUGCUCGUGGCAGGCGAGGCACGGGAGAAGGGCGUUGAGCUGGCUGCUCUUGUCAUGGACUCAGUUCCCACUGUGGUCGUGGGGGACCCGCUCAGGCUGCGCCAGGUGGCUGGUGGCGCCGCUGCUCAUGGACUCCGUGCCUACUGUGGUCGUUGGGUUGGAGUGGUUCUUUGGUGGGUGUUGUGUGGCACACGUGGGUUUGCUUUUUGCUCCUGUGGCACACGUGGGCUUGCUUUUUGCUCCUGUGGCACACGUGGGUUUGCUUUUUGCUCCUGUGGCACACGUGGGCUUGCUUUUUGCUCCUGUGGGAUUCCCUCCCUACCCUCUCAUUCUCUUCCUCUCUCCCCAACCCACUCUCUCCCCAACCCACUCUCUCCCCAACCCACUCUCUCCCCAACCCACUCUCUCCCCAACCCACUCUCUCCCCAACCCACUCUCUCCCACCCUCUCAAUCGCCCCAACCCUCUCAAUCGCCCCAACCCUCUCAAUCGCCCCAACCCUCUCAAUCGCCCCAACCCUCUCAAUCGCCCCAACCCUCUCAAUCGCCCCAACCCUCUCAAUCGCCCCAACCCUCUCAAUCGCCCCAACCCUCUCAAUCGCCCCAACCCUCUCAAUCGCCCCAACCCUCUCAAUCGCCCCAACCCUCUCAAUCGCCCCAACCCUCUCAAUCGCCCCAACCCUCUCAAUCGCCCCAACCCUCUCAAUCGCCCCAACCCUCUCAAUCGCCCCAACCCUCUCAAUCGCCCCAACCCUCUCAAUCGCCCCAACCCUCUCAAUCGCCCCAACCCUCUCAAUCGCCCCAACCCUCUCAAUCGCCCCAACCCUCUCAAUCGCCCCAACCCUCUCAAUCGCCCCAACCCUCUCAAUCGCCCCAACCCUCUCAAUCGCCCCAACCCUCUCAAUCGCCCCAACCCUCUCAAUCGCCCCAACCCUCUCAAUCGCCCCAACCCUCUCAAUCGCCCCAACCCUCUCAAUCGCCCCAACCCUCUCAAUCGCCCCAACCCUCUCAAUCGCCCCAACCCUCUCAAUCGCCCCAACCCUCUCAAUCGCCCCAACCCUCUCAAUCGCCCCAACCCUCUCAAUCGCCCCAACCCUCUCAAUCGCCCCAACCUUCUCAAUCGCCCCAACCCUCUCUCCCCAUCCAUCAUCCUCGCGAAUCUAAUGGCAGUGGCGGUGCAGCUCACUGACCGUGACCACGUGUUCCUGGUGCUGCCCUCUUCAUUCCUCUCCAUCUUCCACUCCCUCCUCGCCCUCUCAAUCUCCCCAUCCCUCACUCUCCUCUCUCUUCCCCUCACCAUCAGAUCCUCGCGAAUCUAA